CCUAUCUGUUUUGAGCCCCAUCUUCAACAUCUCAAUUCUUUUAUAUGUAGUGGAAGAAAGAUUUAAACCCAUAUGGGCAUCAAAAGGCUUUUCCGGCUCAGUAAGCCGACCUUUUUCCCUAGGUACGAAAAAGGAUCCGAUGCAUGAGGAUAUCAGCUUAAAUACAACACCCAAAAAAAAAGAAAAAUGCAGGCUUAUCAGCUUAAAAUCUAGGGAGCCAACCUUGUGUUUUGGUCAUGGGCUUCUUACAGUGGGACCUGGAAGCUAAUUUAUCUUCCUCCUCUACAAGACAACUGACAAUGUUUUCAGAUUUGGAGGUUACCGUCAUCACCAAAACAUAGGAUUCCAUCGAAAAGCUAUUCAAUUCCUGACCGUUGAAGCCUGAGUUGACCGAGAGCCUCACCAGACUUCUGAACCUUUCUCAACGGCUAGUUUGCUCCUUUUCCCCGUUUAAAUAUUGCCAAAACCUCUCAAACUCCCUUCGCUCACCGUGAUUUCACUUCCUCUAAGCAUCAAGCCUCUUUCUCCCACCGCGGCCCGCCCGCCACCCCCCCUCCUCUCUUCUUCUUUCUCGUAUCUGUCUUCCUCUCCGUCUUCCGUCGAGCCUCUUUUUCUCGAUCUCUGAAAAAAAAUUCCAUGGCCUCACCCAUGUCAUCUAGUUCGCUUCUCUUCCUCAUCCUUCUCUUCAUUAACAUUGGCUCAGAAGCCAGAGAGCAUCUCGUUGGAGGCAACACCAAAGCAUGGAAAGUUCCAUCUUCUACCUCAGAAUCUCUCAACCAAUGGGCAGGGGCAACUCGUUUCCAAGUUGGUGAUUCCCUUGUAUGGAAGUAUGAUGGCGAGAAGGACUCGGUGCUGCAGGUGAGGAGGGAGGACUACUUGAGCUGCAACACAUCGAGCCCGGUAGCGGAGCACAAGGAUGGGACCGCAGUGGUGAAGCUUCAUUGGUCUGGGCCAUAUUAUUUCAUCAGUGGUGCAGAGGGAGCCUGCGAGAAGGGGGAGAAGCUGAUCGUGGUGGUGAUGUCGGAGAGGCAUGCGCUUCGUCGGAUCUCUCCUGCGCCCUCUCCAAUGGAGUAUGAUGGCCCGUCUAUUGCCCCAACGAGUGGUGCUUUGAUGGUGGUUCAAAGGAAGGGACUUGUUGCUGCUUUGGUUGUUUUGGGGACCGUAGGGGUGGUUCUACGAGUGCUUGAUGGGCAGAGAAGGGUGAACUGUUCUUUUUGGUUCUUAUAUUCUUUUCUUUUCCCCUAUCAUCGAUGAGGGAAAUGUAAUUGACAUUGAUUAUUUUUAUGUUUCCUUGUUUUGUUGCUAUUAUUUUCUUAUUGAAGAUUUGGAAUCUUUGAUUCCUUGUUUGCUUAUUUGUUAUAGUUUCAAAAAAGGUGAUAGCAAAGCAGGU